GGGGCGCGUUCACGUCCGUCCGGAACGAGCCGAGCGGCGGCGGCCGAGGCUCGGUGCACGCACGGGCCCAUGGCGCAGGACGUGGAACGGCUCCGGGCCGACGGGGUGGACAAGGAGCUGGUGCGGGAGGGCUCGGGGCCGCUGCCCGACUUCCGCGACGGCACCAAGGCCACUUUCCACUACCGGACGCUGCGGUGCGGGGAUGAGGGGCAGCCGCUGGACUGCAGCCGGGAGCAGGGCAAGCCCAUGGAGCUGAUCGCGGGCAAGAAGUUCAAGCUGCCGGUGUGGGAGGCGGCGCUGCGCACCAUGAGGCCUGGCGAGCGGGCACGCUUCCGCUGCGACGCCAAGCACGUGGUGCUGUACCCCAUGGUGGCCAAGAGCCUGCGGAACAUCGCGGCAGGGAAGGACCCCCUGGAAGGGCAGCAGCACCGCUGCAGCAUGGCCCAGCUGCACACCCACUGCUCCUUGGGGUACCCCGACCUCGAUGAGCUCCAGAAGAACCCCCAGCCCCUCAUCUUCGACAUUGAAUUGCUCAAGGUGGAGCCCCCCGGCUCCUACCAGCAGGACCCAUGGGCCAUGACAGAUGAGGAGAAGCUGCAGGCUGUGCCCCAGAUCCAUAAGGAAGGCAAUGAGCUGUACCGGCAGGGCAAGGUGCAGGAGGCAGCUGCCAAGUACUACGAUGCCAUCGCCUGCCUCAAGAACCUGCAGAUGAAGGAGCAGCCUGGAUCUCCAGACUGGAUCGAGCUGGACCAGAAGAUCACCCCCCUGCUGUUAAACUACUGCCAGUGCAAGCUGCAGUGUGAGGAGUACUACGAGGUGCUGGAUCACUGCUCUUCCAUUCUCAACAAGUACGAGGACAACGUCAAAGCCUAUUUCAAGCGGGCCAAGGCUCACGCUGCGGUGUGGAACGUGGCAGAGGCACAGGCUGACUUUGCCAAGGUGCUGGCCCUGGACCCCUCACUGCGCCCGGUGGUCUCCAAGCAGCUCAAGAGCCUGGAAGCUCGACUGCGAGAGAAGGAUGCUGAGGACAAGAUCCGCUUCAAGGGCAUCUUCUCCCAGUAAAGCCCUUGCCAAGAGCCCACAGGUUCCUUUAGGUAUUCCACAUGUGGAAUGUUCAUUGAUGUUAUUAAUGUUUAAUACAAAUCUUACUUAUCUGAGUCAGGCAGAGGGGCCCUGGACCCCCCCGUGGCCCAGCAGUGCACUUAGGCGCAGUAUUAAGCAGCCUAAAGCCAUGGCAGCACGCAGGGGAUGAUGUGCUCACCGCCACGCCAGGAAUGCCAUGUGGGGUGACACAAGCUCAAGCCAGCUGCGCUCUGCUGCAUCAUUUUAGCCUUCCUUUGAUGGGUUUAGGCUUUACAAGCUGGUGCUAAGCCUCAGCCCCAGCUCUGCCCCCUUUGUGCCUGUGGAUCCUGUGUUGUCACGUCCCAAGGCUGCUGCUAUCAUCCCAAGCCAUCAUCGUGUCAGCGUCCUAAAUACUUUAUAUAGGAUAAGUGCUUGUUCCUGCUUAUCUGUAUCUAGAUAUCACACUAUUUGUGCUGUGCCAAAAUGAAGUAAAGCUAUAGCCACAGGUCAUGGGUA